CAAAAGCUUCCCAGUACCAUAGUUUCCAGUCAACGGUCGAUAUUCCCAGUAAAUAGUUGUCUAGACCAAAGUGAAUAAUUUUUUGUGCCAUAAUUACCAACCCUCCUCAGAAGAUAUUUUGAUCAAAAAACUUUGCACGCGUUAAUUUUCCAGCGACUCAAACCGUUCCAUACCUACUUGGUAUACAUCUUUUAUUCCCUUGUAAUUAUCCAGAAUGAAUCCUCCAACCAUAAAAUUAGUUCAUUUUCUAGGUCUACUGCUGUUCAUUUUUGCCUAUGUUCCGGCCAUUGUCCGUGCAGCCGGUCGGGCCCAGCCAACCUGCCCGAAAGGGUAUUCAGCUCAAGUGAUUGGAAUACAGGGUAUCACCGGGAAGGUCACGUUCAAGCCGACGACCGCAGGCAUUGAGGUUACCGUUGUGGCGAACGGCUUCGAAAGGAUGGAAAAACAUAAAUGUCAUAUUCACGUAAAUCGGAUCCAGGGUGGUAAUUGUUAUACGGCAGGUGCAAACUAUGAUCUCAACAGCAAGCAGCCUAACUGUCCCUUGAGAACACCUCAAGAUCAAUGUCAAACUGGGGAUCUAACUGGUAAAGGAGGAGACUUGGAACCUAAAAAACCUGGCGUGGAAGUUUCAAUGAGAUAUACGGACAAAAUCUUGAAAGUUCAAGACCUCGUGGGACACAGUGUUGUUUUCCAUGACCAGGGAGGAGAUUUCAUUGGUUGUGGUAAUAUUGAAUGUGUAACACGCUAAGAGUCUUGGAAUUUUGGUGAUUUCCGCCAUUAUCAAGUUUCUAUAUCAAAGAUCUUCUCAACUUUUCAGGAUUUGUCACAUAUUCCAGUCCCAGUGAUCAAGAUACAUAGUGUCCCUAAUCCCUAUCCAUCCAUCUUAAAUGAGGACUUGUUGAUAUAUUGCUUUUAUUGUGGCCAUUGAUGGUCUUGAAGAUUCACUUACGGUCAUUUUAAUAAGUGGUAUUCAUCAACUAGGAGUCUUAAUAUCCCUUGUUCUUUUUUCAUUUUUCACACAAAUCCCUUAUUCUAAUCCUCUACUAACUUGGCAAGUCAUCUAUCACCUUUCGAAAUCUGUGUAUGAUUGUAUAAAUGAACCUUUUGCCUUUUCUUCAUUCUUUCUUAUGAUAAUAUGAAGUAGUCAAGAAGAGAAUUGAGUUAGAAUUGAGUAGCAUUAGCAGUAUGCAGUAUCACUGAGUAUCCUUG